AUGGCCCGUCUGGCCAGCCUAACAAGAGCGGCGCUCGUCGUCGUCGUACUACCGUCAUGGCUGCUCGCCGCCGCCGCCGCCGCCGCCGCCACAGGCUUGCUGGUAUCGCCCGGCUCGCCGUGCGUGGAACUCUGCGCCAACGAUACCGCGCUGGGGCGGAAUGCGUCCACGACGACAGUGCCAAGAAGGCUGGAUAUUCCUUGCGAGGACCGACAGAUGGGAAAUGGCGGAGGGGGAAACAAGCAGCUGGAAAGGGAGCAGCAGCAACAGGCCGUGGGAGCGCAGUUCCGGCAGUGCGUGGCGUGCCUCGAGAAGAGCGCGUUCGAGCAGGGCGGCGAGAGCGACCAGCAGUGGUUCGUGUACAACAUGCGCUACGCAAUCGACUUCUGCAUCUUCGGCUACCCCAACGGCACCGGCGGCGCGGGCUCCAACCCGUGCCUGACGUCCGAGGCGUGCGGGCGGCUGGCGCGCGCGCUCGAGGGCGGCAUCCCCGUCGUCGGCGACCGCGCCAGGGCGUCGACGGACACGUACUCGUACUGCGAGGCCGAGAGGGGCGUAUGGAAGAGCCGCUACUUUGACGCCUGCGUGCAGUGCGUGAAGGCGGAUGGGAGGCAUCGCUAUCUGACCAACUUCCUCAUCGCCCUCGACGCAGCCUGCAAGCAGAAGCCCUCGCGCGGCCUCGUCCUCGGCCUCAACGACACCGUCUUCGCCAACACCACCGUCUCGCCCGCGCAGCCCUCCCCGCCCACGUCCCCGCGCCGGCCCUCGCCAGCCGCCCCGGACGACAACGACGGCGCGCUCCUCUCCGGGGGCGCCAUCGCCGGCAUCAUCGUCGGCGUGCUCGCCCUCGUCGCCCUCGCCGCAGGCUGCGUCUUUGUGUGCUGCCGCCGCAGACGCAAGAACCGCAGGAUCAAGAAGCUGGCCACGCCAUCCCCACCGCCAUCUUCAUCGUCGCCGCUCCCGUUGCAGUGGCAUUCGCCGGCGCCGGCGGCUGGGCCGUCGGGGCGUGAGGAGGGCGUGAUGGCGGGGACGGCUGCUCAGGGGUCAGGGGCGGUAGGAGGGGAGCAUGGAGAGGAGGUGGACUAUGAUGGCCGCUUCUUCGGCAAUGACAAGACAAAAAGGGUGGCGCAGGCGACGUUUUCGCCCGUCGCCAACUCCAAGCCCAUCGCGAUAUGGCCUGCGCGCCCCGCGCCGGAGCCUCCUCAGGGACACAGCAAAGGCACCCCCUUACCCUCCAUCGAGACUGAGUCUCUCCCCGUCGACGCCUCGCCAGACGGCGCCGUCUCCGCGGUCUCGACCUUCUCCAACGUACCCCUGCUGAGCAACCCGCCGUAUAAGCCCACGGGUUCCCCGGCUGUCGGCUCGAGCCCCAUCUUCGCCACGGGGCGCAAGUCGCCCGUGCCGAAGGGCCAGUCGGGCCUCCCGCGGAGCGUUCAACAACAUCACGACCAUCAACAGCUGCAGCAACAGUGGCAGCAGCAGCAAGGGCAAGGGAAACGCAAGAAGAAGAAGCGCAGGGGCAGCAGCGUGAGCUCACCUUACGAGACGACCAAGAUCCAGACCGAGUUUGCGCCGCCGCCCAAAGGGUGA